AUGUUUGCACGCAAAAGCAUGGUGUGUGCAUGCGUGUGCGUGCGUGCACAGUGCAGUGGUACGAUCAGGGCUCACUGCAACCUCCGCCUCCUGGGUUCAAGCGAUUCUCCUGCCUCAACCUCCCGAGUAGCUGGAAUUACAGGCACAUGCCACGACACCUGGCUAAUUUUUUGUAUUUUAGUAGAGACAGUGUUUCACCAUGUUGGCCAGCUUGGGCUUAAACUCCUG